AUGAGGGCAUUGCUAUCGCGGAGCUUUUACUGGCCAAAGAUGAAAGAGGAUAUCGAAGCAUACGUGAAAACUUGCCAUGUUUGUCAACAAGACAAGGUGGAAAGGAAGAAGGAGCCAGGCUUGUUGCAGCCUUUAUUUUCUAUGUAUGCUGUGUUUAUUAGUGCGCCGAAGGUGUGCCCGGCUGAUGCUGCUGCUGAGUUGUUUUACAGACAUGACGGGAGUCAUUGUCCAGCCGUACACCGGUUUGCUCGUACCAAGCAAGAACUUAUAUAUGAAACGAGGGAUAGUUUGCUGGUGUCACAACAACGCAUGAAAAAGUACGCAUACCAACGUAGAGGGGACUUGGAGUUCCAAGUGGGAGAUCAAGUGAUGCUGAAAUUGACUCUCCAAAUUUUGAAGAAAGUAAGCAGCAAGACAGUCCAUCGUGGGUUCAUUCCUAAGUACGAUGGACCAUUCGAGGUGAUUAAGAAGGUGGGUCGUGUAGCCUAUCGGUUGAAACUGCCCGACAGACUCCAGAUUCACCCGACCUUCCAUGUGAGCUUUCUGAAGCCUUUCAAUCAGGAUAAGAUGGAUGAAGGACGGAAGCAAGCAAAACGUGCUUCGCCGGUGAUCCGCAAGCAAUUCCAAAAAGAUGUGGAGGCCAUACUAGACCACAGAACGAUGGGGCAGAGCAAAAAAAAUAGACGGACAGACUAUCUGAUCCAUUGGAAGGGAGAAACUGAGUUGGAUGCUACUUGGGAAUGA